ACUACUCAGAGGAAGACGGAAGCCACUGCUAUGAGCUUUCAAACUCAUCGCUUGCAACAACGUCGUGAGGGCAAGGACAUGGGGCAAGAACUUAAGACAGUGACUUCCAUAGUUAGAUAACUCACUGUUAGAAAAAAAUUGAAAAGGUCUAUCUGAUCUAAUCUUAUAAGCGUGUUGUAGGCCCAUUUCAGUCAGCACAGAAGAAUCCAGAAUGGCAUUAAUUUUGUUCACUAGAUCCCGGACACCGUUGAUGAAAACGUCCAGGUCGUUAAAGAACGAUUUCAGAAAAGGAAAGCUAACAGAGGGAACAUGUUUCAACUGCACUGCACUCCGAAUGGUCCCGCCCAGUCCUCAUGUCCUCAGAAGCAGUUCCAUGGGUCACGGGUCCUAUCUCAGUCCGGUCCUGUACUCAGAUCGUUUGUGUGUGGGACUGCGCCACUCUGCCAGGUCACCGCGUCUGUACUGUGCUGUGCUGACCUCUGACCCUGCCUUGCCCUGCCACGCUGCAGCGACGCAAUGGAUGAUAGCAAGGCCGCAGAACGUUGCCGUGCGGUGGAUUCACGUCACCGGUCGCCUCCACGACGACUCCAAGGUGGAGCGAUCCUUGCGUUCGCUGAAGGAUCGGAACAAGAAGCUGGAGGAGGGAGGGCCAAUCUACAGCCCCACGGUGGAUGCCGAGCCCGUGCGCCGGUCGCUAGGGCAACGUGUGGUCGACGAGGUGAAGCACUACUACCACGGGUUUCGCCUACUCUGGAUCGACAUGACGAUAGCUGUCCGCAUGCUCUGGAGAGUACUGAACGGACACGCGCUCUCUCGUCGGGAAAGGAGACAGUUCCUGAGGACCUGUGCUGAUGUAUUUAGACUCCUCCCCUUCUUGGUUUUCAUCAUCGUGCCGUUUAUGGAGUUUCUGCUUCCUGUCGCUCUUAAGCUUUUCCCCAACAUGCUGCCGUCCACGUUUGAGACACAAUCCAAAAAGGAGGAGAGGUUGAAGAAAGAGUUGAGAGUGAAACUGGAGAUGGCCAAGUUUCUGCAGGACACAGUGGAGGAGAUUGCCCUGAGAAACAAAGCAUCCAAGGGCGAUGUGACAGAGGAGUUCUCCACUUUCUUCCAGAAGAUCCGUGACUCAGGUGAACGGCCUAGUAAUGAGCAGAUCAUUCGUUUUUCUAAACUGUUCGAAGACGAGCUGACACUGGACAAUCUGACGCGUCCUCAGCUGGUGGCCCUGUGCCGUCUGCUGGAGCUACAGUCCAUCGGCACCAACAACUUCCUCCGUUUCCAGCUCAUUAUGAAGCUCAGGGCCAUCCGAACCGAUGACAAGUUGAUUGCAGAGGAAGGUGUGGACAGUCUGAAUGUGAAUGAACUCCAGGCAGCCUGUCGAGUCAGAGGGAUGAGAGCUCUGGGUGUCACUGAGGAGAGACUGAGAGAACAGCUCAAACAGUGGUUGGAACUACAUCUGAAUCAGCAAAUCCCCACAUCCCUGCUCCUGCUGUCCAGAGCCAUGUUCCUGCCAGACACCCUGUCCCCCGCAGACCAGCUCAAAACUACACUCCAGACCCUGCCUGAGACUGUGGCUAAAGAGGCUCAGGUGGCAGUGGCUGAACUGGACUUCUCUAAGGUGGAUAAUAAAACCAAACUGGAAGCCACACUGCAGGAGGAGGCUGCCAUCCGACAGGAGAACAAGGAGAGAGAGCUGGAGAGGCUGGCUGACGCCGCAGAGAAGGCUAAAGAGCAGGCAGCACGGGAGAGCGAGGCCCUGUUGGAUGCAGAGGCAGAUGUGGGAAGGCGGGUAGACACUGAGCAUGCUCUGUCCAGCGUAGAUCUGGCCAUCCACUCCGAAACACUGCGAGACACUGCACCUGUGCUGGAGGGCAUUAAGGGUGAGGAGAUCACCAAAGAGGAGAUUGAUAUGCUGAGUGACGCCUGCACUAAACUGAAGGAGCAGAAGAAACUCCUCACCAAAGAGAAAGAGGAGCUGGAGGACCUGAAGGACGAUGUUCAGGAGUACAGCGAGGAUCUGGAGGAGAUAAAGAAGGAGCUGUCUAAGAGCGGUCAGAAGCAGGUGGUGGAGGAGUCUAAGGCCAGUAAACGUCUGUCCCGGAGAGUCAACCGCAUGAUUGGCCGAAUCGACAAAAUAAUCAGCGAGCUGGAGAAGGACAAGCUGGUUCUGGACGGACAGGUGGACAGUGGAACAACACCACCUAUAGGACUGUUCUAUGAGAAACGUAGUGACAUGCAAAGUUUGUUGCUGCCCUACAGGGAGAAUCUGAUCAGCAUCAACGAGCUGAUCGGUGUGAUGAGGCAGAUCCAGAGCAUCCCCGAACACAAGCUGCUCAGCAUCGCCGACGCGCUCGACGAGAACAAGGACGGCAAGAUCGACAUCGACGACGUCAUCAAGGUGGUGGAAUUGAUCGAUAAAGAGGACAUAGACAUCUCCACCACGCAGGUGGCUGAGAUCAUGGUGAUGUUACAGAAAGAGGAGAAGCUGGUGGAGAAAGAGAAGGCCAAGGAAAAGGCCGAGAAGGAACAGGCUGCUAAAGUGAAAAAUUAACCCCGCACAGAUAAACCUGAGAUGGGGGAGGGAAAGCACUGACGAACCGCUAGAGCUGGAGCCCACAACCCUAAUGGUCAAACAGAAUCUGAACCCUAAUACGACCACAUGUGUUCAGUCAUUGGGUCGUCAGGCCAUUUAGGUCAGAAGUUUUGAGAGUUUUGUUUCUAUGCUUUAGAGAGUAGAGAAAAGACACGAAAAACUAAAGCAUAGAGGAAAACACUCAAAAUACAAAAAAAGAAUGCCCCUCCUCCAAAACAAAGUUUUAUGCACAAAUUAGAGACAAACAUAGUUUAAUUCUGCCUAUUAGGACUGAUGUAUAAUGGUUGAUUUGAUUUGCUGAAGAGGUGUCUAUUUAUUUAUUUGAAGAGGGGGGGAAAAAAGUGUUGAAAUUUAAAAAUCAAUUAUUUUAAACCUUUGUUGGCUGGUUUUCCUCCUUGAAAUAUGACCAGAGAAAAGAGUAAAAUAAUUUGUGUUCAUAUAAUAAUGUUUAAAGAAAAAAACAAAACAAACAAA